CUCGAGACGGCAAAGACAUGGUGCCAGCCACAGGGGCAGGCACGCGGGCCCUGGAUCAGGGGUUCUCCGCUACCCCUGCCGGUUUGGGCCCAUUACGCGUCACCAGUCCUGACCGUUUACACGGUCGAACAAUAUGAGGAACUAGCGGGCAGCGUUGAACUUGAAACGCAACGUUUAUUGCGUGAGCAUCGCUAUAACACUGUUGGCAAUUUCCUCAGGUUCUAUAAGGACUACUCUACAAGUGGAGAAAGUGUGCUUGAACGUUUCUACCGCAAAUACCAGCCGCUAAUAACAGACGAACAUUACACCUGCGUCGGCCUUGGAUUCGAGCUGUUACGCCGGUUAACGGAUUUGGACGAGCGAUAUCCAGGAUUGGCGAGUAGUCUCUACUUGACAUCAUGUGAGGAGACGAUUGGCGAUAUCGCCAGCUACGUCGGCGGUCCACCGGCGGCCGACAGCGGCGAGAAGGAGCAUGUAUUAGUGUGCCUGAAGAUCAAGAUUGGCGAACGUUGCGGCUUCAUGCUGCUCGAUCCCGGUUACCACAUAGCUCGCGUUGUCACUGUGAUGGCCGAUAAAUUGUACCCUCAUACCGGCUGGUUCACGCAAGUCGACGAGCCGAACUGCAGGAAAACGUACAAUUACUGUCUAUGUGCCGACGAUCCCGACUAUAUCGAGUGGCAUGAGAGGGUGACUCGACCUGGUGCCUUGGAGACGACGCAAGUCGCUCUCAUUUAUGUGGCGAGGCCAUAUUUAACUGCCAUUGAUGUUACCGAACGUAGAAACUUGGUUUAUAACCAUAAGAGCCUCAUAGCCAGAGAUACUAAGGGCCACACUACCGCUGGUAUAUAUUUUCCUGUUGUACUGGACCGCGACAACGCGCAAACCUUCACGAUUUUCCAUCAGACCACUACCAACAGGAAGAAACGUGUUAAAAUGGAAUUCAAGAAAUUUUACUGCACAUCGGAGAUACGUCUUAACGCCGAGGAAAUGGAAAUUAUCACGGAAUGUGCCCGACAGCUCAACAUUCCGGAGGAUAACCUGACGAGUAUGAUUUGUGCUCUCGCCACCGUCAUGAGCGACACGUCAUUCGUGGCGCAGUUGUUGACCAUCAACAAGCGUAUCAACACCUUAGCAGAGGCAAAUUAACAAAAAUCAAGCAAAGACCCAGCAUGGUGUCGAUACAACAUUACGUUUCAUGAUUUCUUUUGCCGGCUUUCCUCUUACGUUCUCUUCCUUUUAUUAAACUAUCGUAGAUAUGCUUUUUUUUUACGUUUCAUAAGUUCGUCUCGUAUUUUACGAAGUGCUCGUAAAGUAUUUUCAAAAAAAAGUUUCGCUGCCACUUAGUAUCGCAUUUUGCGUGUGCAAUUCAAUGAAAACAUUAACAGAUCGAAAUGGCGCGUUACAGUAUGCGUUUCAACACGUGUGCGUCAAUUUCAACACGUUGAACCGCCGUGUUGAUUUCCGCCGAGGAGCUUUCGAAAGACGGAAGUUGUUUUGUCCAGUUGUCUCGUCAUUGUCGCGUCAUUCAACGUAUUGAGGGUGAUCCUUUUAAAAACAUUCGCUUUUUAUCUAGGCAUGCACACGGCAAUUCCGAUUGUCAACCGUUUUAUAUGGCCUACACUUGAAAAUUUACAUAAACGCUUUUUAAACUUUAGUCUCGCAGUUUAUGCAGUUUACGUUCGUUUUUAUGGUAAUGUAUAACUAGAUCGGUAUGAUAAUAUUUUCAUUGAGUAAUCUCGAAACUAAAAUUAUAUAGACCACUAUUUGUGUAGGAAAGACUUUGACUAAAAUCGUAUUAGUACAAGGGAUAAUUUGUUCCAUCAUUCUUAUUUAGAAUAAAUAUAUCUAUAUCUAUAUAUGUGUGUGUGUUUUUCAGUUGUUAAAACGGAAAAUUAACGACCUCAUUUGAAUAAAACAAUUAUUUGACGGGCAAAGAGCCUUCGUAUCGUUCAAUAAAUACCCCAUACCUCUCGAUGAGCGUGCAACAUGUGUCGCCCUUGUUUUCAAACGAUGGAACACACAUUUGUCAACCGUCAGCAAAUGCGCCAAUUGGUCGAAGUUGAUCACGCAAAAAACAGUCGCAAUUCGGAAUACUUUUGAAAUCAUUGAUCAUUUAUUGCCUUUAUAUACAUUAGACUUCUGAUUAUUGUUAUACGAUAUUUGAAACUAACAUAAACUGACGCAAGCGGAUAUAGUACAUGUCUGUGAUUAUAUAAGUCUUUAAGAUCUCUCAGAGUACAUUUUUUAUAUCAAUUUAAGGAUACAAUUUGCUACUUGCCACUGCAGAAACUAUCCAACGAAAUAUACACUUAUAACUGUUCAGUAACGUUACAUCAUAGAGAAUUAUUAUAUACCUGUUGUACCUCGUAUAACAUUAUAGAAGAUAAGAUGUAUCUGAAUGAGAAACAAAAUAAAUUAAUGCAGUUCGCUUUGA